GCUUCGCGGACAAACCAAAACAAACCUGACGUCAUAUUUGUAUUUUUCCUCUGCUUAUGUAGCAUUAUUUUUCGUGUUUAAAGGCAAAUAUAUCCAAAAUAUGGCUGCAGAUUCACCGAAAAGAAGUAUAAAAUCAACUUACAACGUUAUUAGACCACAGGCUUUUAGUGAAAAGAGUGUGAUGGAGAGUGUUGUGGAUUUCAUCUCAGACGUAGUACCACAGGCAUACACGGGAAACACAAAGGCUGAGGACAAGGAGAGAAUUCAGUGGGUUCAGUUUGCCCAAUCUGAUAUCAAUGAUGUGUCCUCGAAUCCAGAUCUGAACACAAACGAGAGCAAAGGAGUGCCAUUAUUGCUGAUACUGGGAUAUGGAAAUGGAGUACAAGUGUGGAGUAUAGCGACCAAUGGGGAAGCACAGGAAGUGUUGUCACUGAGGCAAGGACCAAUCAGAAUCUUCAAAGUUUUGCCAACCCCAACACAAGUUUUUGAGGAUCCUGAUCAGUUCCAUUAUAAGAGACCACUGGCUGUUCUCUGUGACAGUACCAGUGCUGGACAGCCCUACUGUUCAGUGAAGUUCAUUUCCCUAAGGACGGGGGAUGAGGUUCACAACAUCAGUUUUAAAACUCACCCUGUGAUAAACAUAGAGGGCAAUAAGAGAGUGGUUGUGGUGGUGUUCCAAGAGAAGCUGAGUGUGUAUGAUGCCUGUUCACUGAGACAGCUGUUCUGGGUCAUGAACUGUUUCCCUAACACUGGCCCUAAUAUUAACCCUAUUGCUCUGGGUACGAGGUGGUUAGCCUAUGCAGAUAAAAGGCUUGUUCCCAUGCACCAGUCCUGUGGGGGUAUGUCAGGAGAUGGGUCCCAGUCUUAUGCUGCCACGGUCAUCAGUGCUGCUAAGGGAGCAUUUAAGGGUCUGACCCUGUUUGGAGAAGCUAUGGUUCACAGUGUAACAGGAACAAAGCCUGCCCCCACCCCUAAGAAGGCUGACUCUCCACCCCUGGACAACGGUCAUCGUCCAGGCAUUGUGUCCAUCAUUGACACACAGACAAUCAACAUCGAUCAUUUCAGUGUGAGUGAAGACAAUGAAGCUGACGGACUGAUCGCUCAUUUCCACGCCCACGCUAACGAGCCUGUGUCCUGUUUGACCUUUGACUCCUCUGGUACAUUGCUCCUGACAGCGUGUAAACUAGGGCAUAACUUUCAUGUGUUCAGAAUCAUGGCACAUCCAUGUGCAUCAUCACUGGGGGCAAUUCAUCACCUAUAUACACUACACAGAGGGGAGACAACUGCCAAGGUGAUUGACAUGUGUUUUAGCCAUGACAGCAGAUGGGUGACAGUCAGUUCUCACCGAGGAACAACUCAUCUUUUCCCCAUUACACCAUAUGGAGGACAAGUGAAUACCAGAACACACUGUAGUGCACGGAUUGUAAAUCGAGCGAGUCGAUUCCAUAAGAGUGCCGGUCUGGAUGAUAUGGAUCAUGGUGCUGGUAGGAAUAGCCCUGUACUCAAUGCCUCAGGAAGCCCAACAUCAGCAGGUCAAUAUGACAAUUACCCGAGUUUACUGAGACACAAUGCCCUCAACAACAGUAUAGGGAACCCCAGACUUCCUCCCUAUCCCCACCCCAUCACUGUGUACCCUCUGGCUCAGAUCAAGCAGCCCUUGAUGAUGGGGCGGGGCAGUAGUAAGACGGGCAGCCCCUCACAUACGGGGUCAGACAACUGGAUCCUGGUCACAGCCUGUUUUUCUACCCCCAGGGUGUGGGUCGGAGGAAGUCCCAGCCUCUCUGUAGACAGGAGAGAAGGUAAGAGAGCAGCAGAUUCCCUCUUUCUUAUGAGUCAGACGGGUACUCUAGUGGAGUAUGUCCUUGACCCUAAAUCCAAACAAGUAACAGAGAAAGUAACAGAUGGAACUCCUCUGGAUUUAUCCAUUACUGGUUAUAUGCAGUGGCACCUACAGCGGUCAAAGACCUCUGAGGAAGUCAGGCCCCCUCUAGUCAUCAAUAACCCCCUUAUUCUGGCCUCUGAUGCUGUCAUGUCACAAAGACCAUCCUCAUACUCAGAUGACAGUGAUCUGCUUCCUGUGACCAGACAAGACUCCAGGGACAGCUUACCGACAGAACAGGAAAAUAGAGUGGUGGAUCAACAGGAGUGGCUUUCUCAAGUGGAGAUCAUUACCCACGUGGGACCACACCGCCGCCUCUGGAUGGGGCCGCAGUUCUCCUUUAAGACAUACCAGAACGUCCAGAACACAACUGUCCUGUCCUCCCAGUCCUCAGCCCUACUGUCACAGAGUCCAGAGGUCAACCUGUCCAACAUGGACGUCACCUCAGACGAGGUCGACCUCGAAAGCCUCAAAAUCCAGCCAGUGAGAUCUAGUCCUGUUGCCAUGCCCAAUGCUCGCCCUGCCUACAGACGAACAGGAAGUGACAUCACCUCAUCUCCUGGAAAAGGACCUUCACCUUUACUCAUAGAAGCAGGUAGUUUUGAUCAGUCUCCAAACCUUUGUGAUGUCUACAGCAGUUGGGCCGAGUCCACAGUUGCUAAGCAGCCUAGAGGAAGUGUAGAGUUAGAUGAGAAAAUGAAAGAGACUCUAGCUGAGGCCAUGUUAGAGUCCCCAAUGAAGGAGGGGGGUCCCUCAUCUGUAUCACAUGAUGCCUUUAUUGGUAGUAACGAGAACCUUAGUACGUCCUCUGGCUCCAGUAUUGGGCUGACACGGGAACACGUCAUUGACCCUAUGUUCAGCACCAGCAACGAGUCACCUGACUCCAGCUGACGUCAGGGGGAACCGGAAGUUCAAUCCAGUGGAUUGUAAUGUUGUGUCAUUAACUCCGUGAUUAAAUGUUUAAAUUUUAAAAUAUAUAAAUUAUAUAUACACUUUCUUGAUAAUUUAUCAAAUUCAAUGACAAUUGAAUGUGAAAAAGUUUUAAAGUAUAUUAUGGAUAAAAAGAUGAAUUUAGACGUUGAAAAAUAUGUGAAAUUCAUCAAAACUGCAUGCAUUGACACAUUCUGUAUUUUAUUGUGAUAUUGUACAUCUAUACAUAUUGGUUAUGAAAAUGAUUCACUGGUUUUGCAUUGUUGGAAUAAUUUAUACAUGUAAUACAAUUAUAUGGUUGUUAUUUUAAAAUGUAUUUUUCUCAAAUUUAACAUUCGAUAUGCUUAAUAAAUGAAAUAUCCAA